AUGAAAGUUUUGCUUUCAUUUUUCUUUCUAUUAUUGGGAUAUUCGUGGGCGGGUUGUCCGGUGGGAAGUGAUCCGAUUACAGCCACCGAUGCCGAGGAUCCGAAUCCGUAUUGCCUUGCGGUGGUCACGAAUAAAAAUGAUAACUACGAGCGAGCCUAUCGAAAAUGCUGGAACUCGGGCACAGGUCGUUUAGCUCGUUUGGGAAACGCCUAUGACAACAAUUUGGCACUCUACAAAGCAGCUGCUGCUUCAAAUCAACAAAAUUUCUUCUACUUUGGACUCACUUAUUCGAAUGGAUCGUGGAAAUAUGCGGAUGAUGAGCUCAGUGAUUUGCCUGUCACUUUCACAAAAUGGGCACCAGGUGAACCAUCGAAUCCGACGAGUCGCUCGUGUGCUGUGUUGAAUGUCGUCGAUCAGAUGUGGUACUCGAUGGAGUGCAGCAUUGAACUACCGUAUCUUUGCGACAUCCCAGCUAUUCACGAUACUCCUCCAUUCUGCACGGAUGGAAUCAACGCCGAUGUCUUUCAUGAUCGA